AAAUUGAAACGAAGAAAAUAAUAUAUUCAACUGACAUCUCAUUUAAGCAUACUACUUAUGCUUUUCAUGUAAACAAGCACAUACUUCUUUUAUAUAUAUAUAUUGUGAGAGGAAGAGGGGUAUUUAAUAUAAGUGUCAAUAAUUCUUUGUUUGCUCAUGAAAAUAUGGGCAAAUUGGUUAAAAUAUUUGCUGGUUUGCUAAUUGUGGCUUUGGAUAUUGUGGCUGGAAUUCUUGGAUAUAAAGCAGAAGCAGCUCAAAACCAGGCAAAACAUGUGACAUUAUGGUUGUUUGAGUGUAACAAGCCAAGUCAUGAGGCAUUUGUUUUAGGGUUAGCUGCUGCAACUCUACUUGGAGUAGCUCAUGUUUUAGCCAACCUUGUUGGAGGCUGUAGUGUUUGUAGUAAUGAUGAUAUUCGUAAAGCAACACCAAUCAAGCAAUUAUCAAUUGCUUGUCUUGUUUUCACAUGGAUCAUAUUCGCAGCAGGAUUGAGUACAUUGGUGAUUGGGACAAAGGGAAACCACAAGUCAAGAACAUCAUGUGGUUAUUUACAUCAUAAUUACCUAUCCAUUGGUGGAAUUCUUUGUUUUGUUCAUGCUUUACUUUCUGUUGCAUAUUAUGUUGCAGCUAGUCAAAAUCUAGCUUAACUUUUCACUUUUACAAAAACAAAAAAAAAAAGAAAUAGGGACAAAUCACAAUUGUAUAAAUUGAUUAUGAAGGUUACUGAUUUUGGUCUGAUGAAUGUUUUUGAGAUAUUUUAGACCAAUGACAUUUGCAUAUUUAUGUGAACAUCUAAUUAUAAGUUGGAGCAAGUCCAAAUGUGAUAAUUCGAAGUUGAUUUA